AUGGUGUCUGGACCGGCGUCGAAAAAGAAGCACCCCGUGUCUUCAGCAGCCCAGCUCAACUACCGGCCAUCGGCAACAUCCACCUCAGCCCCAGCACUCUCAAAGUUGUCGACCUUUCGAACAGAGUCAACAGGCAGUGGGCCUUCCUUGACCAGCAACGCAGCAACAGCAGCCGCAAUGAUGGUGUCUCCGGUACGGCCCUCAAAGAAGCACUACGACAGCUCCUCGUCAGCGUCCUCCUACGGCUCCUUCUCCUCGUCAGACUCGGAUGUCUCAGCAAGCUCCGUACGAGCAAGCAUGGAGCGCCCCAUCGCCUCGAUCGAGAUCAUCCGCUGUCUCCGCUGCGCUCGCUGCGUCGAGAUGACAACAACCGACGACGCCAGCAUGUACGGCAUGAUCAGGGUCGGCACUGGCAUCUACUACUGCGACAGGUGCGCGAGGAUGACCGGCUACGGCAAGUGA